AUGCGAGCUUGACACCAGCAAGAUAUCGAGGAGCCACGUCGAAAGAUAUCGCGUUGCCACGGCGCAUUAGGUUUUUUAAAAAUCCAAUUAUUGUACAGUUUGGGGCGCAUUAGGUUGCUCAGUCGGACGUAUGGUAGAUGCAUGUUUUUGGGCUGACCGCCCUUUACUGCCUCUGUAUAAAAGCGAAGCGGUAACUUCAGUUCAAUAAAAAAGAACAUCGCCCAGACCUAUCUUCAAGUCCAAAAAUGAAGUUUAUCUCACUCACUACUAUGAUCAUGUCUGCCGCGGUACUAGCGGGCAUCGUUACAGCACAAAAGGAACCCACUGGCUUACCAUGCAGCCCGCGGGUGCUUGCAGUACAGUUUGCGUGCGGAACGCUCCCGCUUUUUAACGGUGGCCUUCCGUAUUUGUAUUUCUGUGAAGCAAACAGCACUAUCACGGUCAUUCAAACUUGCAACUGUGCGAGCUGCUGCAACCUCGUCAACGGAGGCCAAGGUCCUGGCUCGUCCUGCACAGGUACUUAAGAGGAAAGGGUGAGUCCGCUUCUUGCUUGCCGUGUCUAUAAUAUCAUAGCCAUACAGCACAGCUGUCUCCGUAAUUGGUGGUACUGGCUGGCGCUGGGGGGAAUAGGGCUAAGAGUUUGGGGUAUAGAGUCGGAAAUAUGUUGUUGAGGGCUCGAGAAAGUAUUCGAAUA